CAGGGUCCUGGGAGACCAGAUAUAGUGAAUGCAGGGUCCUGGGAGACCAGAUAUAGUGAAUGCAGGGUCCGGGGAGACCACAUAUAGUGAAUACAGGGGUCCUGGGAGAGCAGAUAUAGUGAAUGCAGGGUCUGGGGAGACCGGAUAUAGUGAAUGCAGAGUCCGGGGAGACCGGAUAUAGUGAAUGCAGGGUCCGGGGAGACCGGAUAUAGUGAAUGCAGGGUCCGGGGAGACCGGAUAUAGUGAAUGCAGGGUCCGUGGAGACCGGAUAUAGUGAAUGCAGGGUCCGUGGAGACUGGAUAU